GCCCAGUGCGUCGCCGAUUACGCGGCCGCCCAGGGUAUAACGUGGAGGCAGAAGCGUGACAACUUGGUGAGCAAUUGCCGGGUCCUGGAGGGGGUUGAUCGGCCCACUAGCGAGGCCUACUUGACCCUGGAGCGUCUCCGCAUCUUCGCGAGGCGGCUGGGCGGGUGCAAUUUCUCAUGGUUCUGCGAACGCGCGGACCCUGGCGAACCAGCCAGCCAGCUCUCGAUUGCCGAAUGGAAGGACUGGGCCCGCACCGAUCGCGUGCAGUUCGCCAGCCGCGUCAAGAAGACGCUCCACCGCGCGCAACUAGCAGCAUGCCACGACGACCACCUCGCGCGCUGGCAGAAGCGACUUGCCGCCCGGGCCCCCGCCCGCGCCAUCCCAGCAUUCGGCGGACAAGCGCCGCAGCCCAGUGCGACCUACGCGUGCUACGAGUGCGGGCGCGCCGAACCCACCGAGCAGCGGCUUCGAGCUCGCGUCACUCGGUGCCGCGCCAACGCUUCCAGUGCCACUUCCCAGCGCGAGAUCAACCAGCAGGCGCUCCGACAGCAGCAGCAGCGGAAUCGACGGGCAGGACGGCCCAGCGACUGGGCCGAGCGACCAUUCCUGCAAGCCCAACCACCAGAGCUUGACGACCACAGCGACCCCUCGGACGAUAAUGUCAGCAUGGGCAUCCCGCCCCACCACGACCCACCACCGCCUGUCGCUCAGGCCCCGCGCCCACCGCGGGCAUGCGCCAUGAACAUCCGGCAUCUCUUCAGCGGGCGACGGCUGCUGUCGGACAUCCAGCAUAGGCGCGAACAGCUCUCUGCAGCCAGCAGCCGUUCAAUCUUCGUGCAAUCGAUCGACGUGACCAACGACGCGACAUUCGGCGACUUGACCAACAUGGCCUCGGUGGCUAA